UUUCAAGGGAGAAAAAAAAGCUUCAUCGAAAUUUUCUCCGUAUAUACCCAUUAUUUAUUGAAUAUUGAAGGGUUCAAGUUGAAAGUGAUCGAUUUGUUUGUUUAUUUCUCUUUUCUUUUUUUUGAUUCUCUCAAAAUAUAUUUCACACAUAAUCAAUACAGAAAGUUUUGUGUCAUAGAAGUAAAUUCAUAAAAAGAAGGGAAUAAAGGAUCUUUUUGUUUUCUUUGAAAAUAAUUUCUACUUUAACCAAUUCAAAGAAAAAUGAAUUUCACUGAAGUAUUAAAGAAAAUUCCAACACCACAAGUUUCAAUGCCACAAAUACCACAAAUGAGUAAAUUUGGAAUAAAUAAUAAUAAAGAAGAUAUAGGAAAAGCUCCAAUGAAUAUGACACAGGAGGACAUGCAACAAUUGAUUCAUUACAUUGGUGAAUCUGUUCUUAUUCCAGAGGAUGGAGCGUUUAUUGCAUUGUGGAUUCUUACUCUCAUUGAUCAUUGGAAUAAUGAACAUGAACGUUUAAUUGUAUUAACUGAAAGAAAUUUCUAUAUAUUAAGAUAUGAUUUUCUUCAAUGUCGUGUACGUGAUAGUCGUCGUGUAGGUCUUGGACAAUUGAUUAGUGUUAUAACUGGACCACUUGUAUUUCCAGCAAAAUCAUUAAUGCCUAUACGUAGUUCACCUGGUGUUCAAUUAAAAUGGGGGGAUGAAAAUGAUGUAAAAAUUACACAGAAAUGGAAUCCAUUAUGUCGUAGUUUACCUUAUGCUACAUUAACUCAUCAUCCACUUUAUUCUAAACGUGAUCAAUUACCAUCAAAACAAGUGAAUGUACCAGGUGCCGGUUAUGAAGAUUUAUCGAAUCCAGUAUCUGUAUACGAUGUGAAUAAUUUUCUUACAGCAUUACGUGAAGCUUGUUCUGGUAUGAAUAUUCAGUUUACCAAUGGUGAAAUUGUCAUUGAAAGUUAUGGUAAUUUAGGUAGUGUAGUAUUUAAUCAAAGUAAUUUGGGUUUUGCUAAACCAAAACCACCUACAUCAUGAUCAUCUACUAUAUAAUGUCAAUAUUGAUUAAACAAAUUAUAAAAUAAAAUAAAAAUGCAUUUCCUAUAAACAAUAAUGACAUAAUAUUAUCUACGAAAGUUCGUUAUUCUCUUCAGUAAUUUCUUCUUAAAUAAUCCUUAGUAUUUUUUCUCUCUCUCUAUAUGUCUCUUCCUUAAUCAAUAUAAAUCGGAUCAUAAUGGUCAUGAAUGACUUAUUAACAAAAAAAAAAAAUAGUUUGAUUUGUACUCACUUAAAAUAUGAUAAUCUUCAAUUUUAGUUUAAACUUUUAUACUACUUAUUUCUGAAAUUAGUAGAUGUCAUUAUAAAACUACA